UGCCGCGCGGGACCGGUGGGAAGAAGAGGCCUGGCCGGUUCAUCUGACGCUGCUUUAGGACGAAGAAGGCAACUACAAGCUCCCUCUGGAAGAGGUGCAGACGAUCAAGCAGGAACUCGUCGGCCUGAUGAUUUCGUCCCCCCCAACAAUACAGACGCAGCUAGGCGAAGCCAUUAGCAUCAUCGCCGACUCGGAUUUCUGGGAACGCUGGGACACCUUGACCGGGGACCUCGUCAGCCGUCUCUCCAACACCGACUACAAAGUUACCAAUGGCGUCUUGGAAGUCGCGCAUUCCAUAUUCGUGCGCUGGCGGCCCCUGUUUCAGUCCAACGAGCUCAACAGGGAAGUUGUGCACGUUGUUGGGAUCUUUGGCGAGCCCUUCAUCCAGAUGCUGAGCGUAAGAGAGCCCCCCGUUGCGCUUGCCCCCGUCGGAAACCGGCUGACAGUGGCACGGCAGGUUGCAGACCAGCAAAUCGAGGCCAACAAGGACAAUGCCGAUGCGCUCAAAGGCUGGCUCGAGACCAUGAGCCUCCUGAUAAGGAUUCUCUACGAUUUCUGUUGCCAUGAUAUUCCGUUCGUCAUUGAAGCGCACCUUCAACCGAUCACCGCGUUGCUCCAGAAGUACAUUACCUAUUCGAGCGCCAAGUUCGAUGAGGAGGACGAAGCCACGCCGCUUGAGACCCUCAAGUCAGACAUCUGCGAUGUUCUCCAACUGUUUACCAACAAGUACGACGACGAUUUUGGCCAGUACGUCCAGGCGUUCACCAGCAGCGUCUGGGACGUGUUGUCAAAGAUUAGCUUUGAGAAGCGAUACGACAUCCUCACGAGCAAAGCCCUGCAAUUUCUGACUGCUGUGGCUUCGGUGCCGCGUCAUGCAGAAAUCUUCAACAACGAGCAGACGUUGAGCACAAUCGUUGAGAAGGUCAUCGUUCCCAACGUGGAGCUUCGGGAAUCAGAUAUUGAGAUGUUCGAGGAUGAGCCGAUCGAGUUCAUCAGGCGCGACCUUGAGGGUUCCGACACUGACUCGCGGCGGAGGGCGGCCACGGACUUCCUGAGGAAAGUUCUCGAAAACUAUGAGAUGCUCGUCACACAGGUGGUUUCCGGGUACAUCAACCACUACUUGACCCUCGGCAAGACCAACUGGAAGGCCAAGGAUACCGCUGUCUAUCUCUUCAUCGCCAUUGCCGCCAGAGGUGCCGUCACGGCCGCCCACGGAGUCAAGACGGUCAACAGCUUCGUCAACGUCGUCGACUUCUUCGAGCAGAACAUCGCCGCAGACCUCCUUUCCGGGGCAAGCGAGCCCAUCUCCAAGGUUGACGCCAUCAAGUAUUUGUACACGUUCCGGAGCCAGCUCAACAAGGCCCAGUGGACCAGCGCCAUUCGGCCUCUCAUCCAGAAUCUCGCCUCGACCAACUACGUCGUCUACACAUAUGCGGCCAUUGCUGUUGAGAGAGUGCUGUUCUUGACCGAUGAGCAGGGCCAGCACUUGUUCUCGCCGAACGACAUCCAGCCGUAUGCCAAGGAUUUGCUGGAGCACCUGUUCGCGCUGAUCGAAAAGGACGUGUCGGCCCCCAAACUGCAGGAGAACGAAUUUCUAAUGAGGUGCAUCAUGCGGGUGCUGAUCGUCAUGAAGGGGGGGAUCCUGGACUGCGGUGCCGAGAGCGUUCUCAACCACCUGAUCAACAUCACAAACGUGAUCAAGGAGAAUCCCAGCAACCCACGUUUUUACUACUACCACUUCGAGGCAAUUGGUGCCCUCGUACGUAACUCGCCUACCUUGGGCCUGGUUCCUCGGCUAUGGGCGCCCUUUGCCGCCAUCCUUAGCGAGGAUGUUUCGGAGUUUGUGCCUUUCGUUUUCCAGAUAUUCGCCAUGCUUCUGGAGCUCAACCCGUCCGGAGAGGUGCCUGGUGAUUUCAAGAUCCUGAUCGAGGCCGUUCUCGCCCCGGGCCCGUGGGAAACGAGAGGCAACGUCCCGUCGUUGGCAAGGUUCAUUGCAGCCAUUAUUCCCAAGGCGGCAGAGGAGAUCAAGGCCGAGAAGAAGCUGGAGCCCUUCCUCAGUAUCUUCCAACGCCUCCUUGCCGGGAAGAAGACGGAUCAGAACGCCUUCGAUGUCCUCGAGGCCAUCGUCGGCACAUUCUCUGGGGACGUGUUGGACCCGUACUUCGGGACGAUCAUCACGCUCAUCUUUAGCAAGCUGCAAAGCAACCCGACCGACUCGUUCAAGUCCCGCGUGGCCCGAUUUUACCAUCUCGUCUCAGCCAGGGCCGGCGACGCCAAGCUGGGCGCCGACUACUUCAUCAAACACGCCGAGGCCAUCCAAGCCAACGUCUUCACGCCGUUCUAUCUCACCGUCAUCCUGCCCACGACAGGGACGUUUGUGCGCCCCGUCGACCGCAAGCUCGGCGUCAUCUCGUACACCAAGACGCUGUGCGAGUCGGAGUCGUUCGCGAACCGCUACGUGAAGGGCUGGGGGUUCACGUGCAACCACCUGCUGGACCUGCUCAAGAACCCGCCGCGCGUGUCCGCCGGCAUCGGCGACGAGAUCGUCAACGAGGCCGACGUCGACGACAUCGGCUUCGGCCUCGGCUUCACCCCCCUCAACACCUGCAAGCGCGGCCCCCGCGACGACUUCCCCGACAUCGUCGAGGUCGACAAGUGGGUCAGCCAGUACCUGAAGGAGGCCAACCAGCGCCACGGCGGCAAGAUCGCCACCUUCGUGCAGGAGCGGCUGGUCCCCGAGGCGCGGGCUGCCUUGGCGCCGUACCUUGCUUAGGUUGAGGGUUUGGCUGGUCGGCGGUCAAGGUUUCCUUCCGCAGUGGGAUAGGUCUG